GAAAGAGGAAGGAUGUUACUGCAUUUCACCUCCCAAAGUAAAACCAAAAGCACUGAUGCCACCACCAGGCACACGGGGGCAUUGUGGUCGGGCUUCACAUGAUAAAAACACCCAAGCUGCUUAUAGAGUCAUACAGAGCAGGCUACAGCUGCAGUGACACAAGCUGAGGAGCAAACCUUCACAGCAGUUAUGAGCAAAGUGCCUCUGUCGCCUCCCGCAGUCGUGGAGAUCGAGCGCUGUGAUCUCAGCAGUGAGGAGAACAACAGCAGCCAUCGCACAGAGCUGAACGGAGAGGAGCGUUUGAUCGUCAGGAGGGGCCAGGCCUUUAACAUCACUUUGCAUCUUAAAGCUGGCAGCAAAGACUUCCAACCUGGCGACUCAAGCUUCACCUUCACUGCACAGACUGGGCCUCAACCGAGAAAAGAGUCUGACACCGACGUUUCCUUCAAACUGUGUGAGUCCAUAGUCGACAGUGAGUGGAGCGCGUCUGUCACCACUUGUGUUGGAAACACAGUGUGCGUGUCCAUCAGUUCCUCUCCCAGCGCCCCCAUCGGCGUUUACGCUCUGAUCCUGGACCAGGAGGGCCAGAAGACCAGCUUAGGGCAGUUCAUCCUGCUUUUUAACCCUUGGUGUCCCAGUGAGUACAUCAGGCUUUUCAUCCAGCGAAGGAUUUGUGUGUUUUUCUCUACUGGUCCAUUGUGUUGUCUCACAGGAGAUGCCGUUUACAUGCAGAGUGAGACAAAGAGGCAGGAGUACGUUCUGUCACAGCACGGGCAGAUAUACAGAGGAACGCACAAACGCAUCAAGGGGACUCCCUGGAACUUUGGUCAGUUUGAACCGGGAAUCCUGGAUAUCUGUCUCAAGAUCCUGGACAAAAACCCCAAGUUUGUGUUCGAUGCUGCCAAGGACUGUUCUGCCAGGGGGAGUCCAGUGUAUGUGACCAGGGUGCUGAGUGCCAUGAUCAACAGUAAUGAUGACAGGGGCGUGCUGGUGGGGAAGUGGUGGGAUUAUUCUGGCGGGGUUCAUCCGGGGAAUUGGGUCGGCAGUGGCGACAUCCUGCGCCAGUGGGCCGAGAGGGGCCCCGUGCGCUUCGGCCAGUGCUGGGUCUUUGCUGCAGUCGCGUGCACAGUGUCCCGCGCUCUGGGCAUCCCAUGUCGGGUGGUCACAAACUUUGGCUCAGCUCACGAUACCAACGCCAACCUGGUGAUAGAAAACGUUUAUGAUGAACACGGUGAAGCGAUAUCGCCUGAUUCGAUAUGGAACUUCCAUGUGUGGGUGGACAGCUGGAUGACGCGCCCGGACCUGGGGUCUGAGUACGACGGGUGGCAAACCAGCGACCCCACCCCACAGGAGACGAGUGACGGUGUUUUCUGUUGUGGGCCGGCCUCUCUUAGAGCCAUCAAGGAAGGAGAGCUGACCAAGAAGUAUGACACCCCCUUUAUUUUUGCAGAGGUUAAUGCCGAUGUGGUGGACAUGGUGCGCCUCUCAGAUGGACAGCUGGUUCAGAUCAGUGGCUCCACUAAAUCAGUGGGAUGCUUCAUCAGCACCAAAGCGGUGGGUUCGGACAAGAGGCACGACGUCACACAUCAGUACAAGUAUCCAGAAGGGUCAAAGGAGGAGAGGCAGGUGUACGAGAAGGCCCAGCACCACAACAAGCUCCAGCAGAGAGGAGAAGAGCCGGGCCUCCAACUCAAGAUCAAGCUGGCUGAGCGUAUGUUCGUGGGCUCGGACUUCGAGGUCCAUGCCGUCCUCACAAACAAUCACAUGGAGACAAGGACCUGCACCUUCACGUUUUUGGCCAGAGCCGUCGGCUACAGUGGAAAACUAGGGGAAACCUGUGGGCUUGUUUCAGACAAAGUGGAGCUGCUCUCCGGAGGAGUGAAACGACUGACCCUGAAACUGGAGUAUAACGUUUACAGAUCAGCGAUCACCUCUGACAGGUUAAUCCAGCUAGUGGCCUUUACCCUCAAUAAGGAAACAACUGAAUGCAGUAAAGCAGAAAAGACCAUAGUUCUGGACGAGCCAGAUAUAGAGAUCCAGCUCAUGGGAGAAGCCACAGUGAAGCAGCCUGUGGCGGUGGAGCUGACCUUGCUGAACCCUCUACCGGAGCCGCUGCAGGACUGCAGCUUCACCAUAGAGGGGACGGGCCUCACCGACGGCACACCCGUGACAGCGAGGGUUGCGUCAGUGGGUCCCGCAGAGGAAGCCAAGGCCAGUGUUGAGCUCCGUCCCAGCAGCUCCGGCUCCACCGUGCUGCUGGUGAACUUUGACAGUGACAAACUGAGGAACAUCAAGAGCUUCGUCAAUGUUUUUGUAAAGGACCAUGAAGAAGUCUGACGCAGUCACAGUUUCUUAAUUAUAAUGUGCACUUUUAAACACUGUGAUGACGAUCCAUUCCUUUAAAACUGAGCCAUAGCCUUGUCUGAAGAGACAGCAGCAUAAACAUCUCCAGUAAAACGAGAAUAGUUUAUUUUUGUUAUGAAAUUCUUGUAUUUGAUUAAAUAAAACUUGAUAUGUAAUAAGAAAAAUCUAAUUUACUAAAUGGAAAUAAAAAUUUGGAUAGUAAAAUUU